AUGUCUUCACCAACUCAAGUUAGAGCAUCACAUAUCUUGUUGAAGCACACCGGAUCAAGAAAUCCUGUUGACUCCUAUAGAAACAAGUAAGUCACCAGAAGCAAGCAAGAUGCAAUUGAUGGAAUUGAACAAAUCAAAAGUCAAAUCAGCAGCCACGAAGACUUUGUGAGACUAGCUCAAGAGUUCAGUGAGUGCAGAAGCGCUGCCAAUGGAGGUGAUCUUGGAGUAUUUGGAAGAGGUCAAAUGCAACAAUAAUUUGAAGAAGCUGCAUUCGCUCUUCAAGUUGGAGAACUAAGUGGACUUGUUGACUCUGACUCAGGCAUCCAUAUCAUCUUAAGACUUGGUUGA